UUUGUUGAUAUUUGGCUGUGUGUCACGUGAUAUGAGGUAGAAUUCUAGGCAAAAUGGCGACAAGGGUCAGUGUGCUCUAUGACUUCGAUGGGGAUACCCAAAAUGGAGAACUUGUCGUCAGGGAAGGAGACCAUUUAACAGUUACAGACAAGGAUGUUGGUGAGGGCUGGUGGGAAGGCCUUGACAGCUAUGGGAAUAGAGGACUAUUUCCAGCUGCAUAUGUUAAGGUUUUAGAAGAUGGCCCUCCAUCCAGACCUCCUCCUGCUCCCAUUCAGUCUUCUUCACCACAAUAUCUGAGUAUAUCACCAACAAGGGGUUAUGACAAGAAUGAUGGAGACUGGGAAGACGAGUGGGAUGAUGGGAGCUCUGUGGCAUCUGAUAGUUACUCUGGAGAUUAUGCCUUUUCUUCCAAUAAUGCGCCAAGGACAAUGAGUGUUUCAAGAGCCGGUACUGUAAAGAAAAGCAUGAACAGGUUUUCAACAUUUGUGAAAUCUGGUGGUGAGGCAUUUCUUCUUGGAGCUAAUCAGGAUUCAACUCUACAAAGUCAAGAUAAAGUUGUUAUUGAAGAUAGUGCUGAUGGAAUUAUAUGGCAGAACAACCCAAUCCCAUUCAUUUGUGCAGUUUCAGAACCAGAAAAAAAAUCAAAAUACAAAGGAAUUAAAAGUUAUGUUGCAUAUCAAAUUGUUCCAACGCAUACAGAUAAAGCAGUAUCACACAGAUUUAAGCAUUUUGAUUGGCUAUAUGGACGUUUAGUAGAGAAAUUUCCAACAAUUUCAGUGCCUCCCUUACCAGACAAACAAAUAACAGGUCGUUAUGCAGACGAAUUUAUUCAAAAAAGAAGACAACUUCUAGAGUUAUGGAUGAACAGAGUUUCAAGACACCCUGUAAUUGCGCAAUGUGAAGUUUUCCAGCACUUUAUUAAAUGUGAUUCAGAGGCACAGGAAAAGGAAUGGAAAGCCGGCAAAAGGAGAGCUGAAUGUGACAAACUUGUUGGGUCACAAUUUUUCUACACAAUUUCUUCACCUGCACAGAAUCUCUCACAACAACAGGUGGAACAUAAAGUGGAACAUUUCAAAGAUUUUGUAAAAGGCAUGGAUGAAAGUGUAAAGACAACAAUUUCUCGAUUUGAGGAGUACUGGGAUAAAGUGGCAAGAUCUUAUAGAAAUGAGUAUAAAAGGUUUGCAAGUGGAUUUCUUCAGCUCAGUGGAUCCUUUGCUCCAGAUGCUGCAGCAUACUCAUUACCUUUGACACAAGCAAUUGAGGAUACUGGAAGAACUUAUGAAGAAAUUGGAGACUUAUGUCAGGAUCAGCCAAGGAAGGAUGCAUCUCAGAUGAUAGAUUUAUUGAGAGAAUAUUCUGGUAUUCUUUCAACUUUCCCAGAUAUUGUUAUAGUACAAAAGUCUGCCAUGAGCAAACUAAAGGAAUGUCAAAAAUUACAAGAAGAAGAAAAAAUGGAGUAUAACGAAGUUGCAGAUGUGUCUGCCAGACUGGAUGUUAUGACAAACUGCGUAUUUGCUGAGAUAAAUCAUUUUCAGCGAGAAAGAGUGAGGGAUUUCAAGAAGCAAAUGCAACAUUUCAUUGGAGAACAAAUUCAAUUUCAUCAGGAGAUAAUAAACAAAUUGCAGUCAUCUCUUGAGAAAUACAACUAUGUUCCAGAUGAUUAAUUUUACAGCUGAUAUGCAUGCAGUGAUUUUCUUUUUGAAACCUCCAAGAAUGCAGUGCACAAUUCAAAUCUUGCUGUCACAGUAAGGAACCUUUUGAGAAAUUACAAUUCACUGAUUUUCGAGGAGUUAAGAUAAUGGUGAUGGGAAAGUUCAAGUGCAGUAUCUCAAGAGGUGAAAUGGAAAAUAUGCUACAAAAUGUUAAAUUUUUGUUCAAGGAUUGAUAUGGGCCGGGGCUUGUUUUUAAAAAUGGUGGCAAAUCAAAACAAUUGCUUGGAAAUUUAUUUAUGUUUGGAUUCAGUAAAUUCUUCCAGAAGCUUUAACUUAUGAUGCCAUGAAGUCAGUUGUGAAGCGGACAGCAAGUUAGUCACUUAGAGAUGUGCAAUUAUGUGGUUGAGUACUUUGCAGCAUUUCCAUCAUUUAUAUAGCCCUGCUUUAUGUGAGAUUCCUAAUUAUAAAAGUAUCUGCAAUAAUUACAAAUGAUCUCCCCUAGUAGUUUAAAUACUGUGACCUAGACAUCAUUCAUUGCAUCAUAAUUGCCUAAUGUACAAACUGGUAAUAUUUAAGGGAUGGUCUGUGAUUAUCCUAAACUUGCAGCGGAUCUUGAUUGUCAGAAAUUGCUUUCGCCCUAUUUCUACUGUGUCUCUUGAGAGUCAGACGUUUCUGCAACAACAGCAAUUGGCUAGUGCUGGACACUAACCUUGUGUUAAGUGUGUGUUAGUACCAUUACAUCGCUGAAGACUUCUGGCAAUCCUCUGAACGAACAAUCUCCAUUCUGAUCUGCUCAUUGCUGUUUUAUCCCAGUGAAUUCUUUCAAUACAUCCAAUCAUCUUGUUCUUUACCUGCCUUGUCUUGUCCCUCUGCCCUUCCUAACAAAAUAUCUGGGCACUAACCUUAGAAUUUUUCUAGUACCAUACCCAUAUUUAAUUUCAUAUUUCAUAGCCCCCUUUGCAUUAUUAUUAUAUACUAUUAUCAAUAAAAACAGUUGAACUUUACACAUAAAGAAUUAUUAGCCAGUAAAUUCUUCCUAUAAUCCCAACUUAAUUCUGACUGGUGAGUCUACACCAAUAAAUGAUAUACAUUCAUAUAAAAACCAUUCAUGUGCAAAUAAAUUCAAUGGUUUAUUAGUAUUUGCAAGUCUUUUCUUUAAGAGGUAUUUUGUAUUUUAGACAGCAUGAGAAAUUUGGUACUUUUAGUCAUUCAUAAAAAAUUGCUUUAUAUACAAUUAAUGCAAGUACUUGGCAUAUCUCAUUUUUAUAUUCCAGAACUUGUCUGAAGUAACUUAAGACACCGCAACUAUUUGAAUGAAGGAUUUUAAAGAUUAUAUGUUGUGAUUUUCGCAAAACAGUAUUAUAUGCUUCCUAAAAAACCCUGUCUUAAAAAGAGGAACUAUGUCACCAUGUUGUAAACUUUAAAGUGAAGUCUACAAAUAAUAACCCCGGUUAUUUUUCGCAGAGAGUCCAGUAACAUUUGUAAUAUUCAUUUAAAAUAUGGACAACCAUUGUUUAACAUUUUCCAAAUGCACAUUUCCCAUUUUGAUUUAUAGCUAUUAUUCAGGGUAAAUAAUUUUUAUAUUAGCAUAAUUUUGUCAUAAUUAGCAUAAUUUUGUCAAUAGGAAUGUAUGCAAUUGUUUGAUUUAUUCAGUUAGAGUGCUGAACUUA